UCAAAAUACAGGUGGAACCAAAUUUUUACAAGAUGCAUUGAGCACUACUUCGAUACUUCCUAGUGAACAUAAUCCUUAUGAAAUCAGCAGCACACUAUUUGAAUUUGACAGCACUUUAACUCCCUCUGAUGAUCAACAUAAUUCUGAAACAGUUAGUUCAGAACCCAAUAGUAAUAUUCCUGCUAAACGGCUUCACUGCAUAAAUGAUUCACAAACUUAUGAAUUUGAAUUCAAUGAACUAAGCUUCAAUUUGCAUGAGAAGCAAUCUUUAAACAGGAAGAAUGCAUCUAUUUCAGCUUGUAGCCCACAUGAAAUAUUCUGUCAUGAUGCAACAAUAUUCGAGAUUGCAACAUGUGUUGCAAACCAUCCUGAGAUUCUCUCUAUGGCCAAUAUGAUGCAUAAAAAUAAACAAAUAAGUUGGAAGCAACCUUUCGAAGAAUUUACGUUAAGAGAGCCAUCAGUAUUACCACCAAAUCAAAAUAAAGAAAAACCAUCAAUCGGCGAAAUGGCUUUAGAGACAAGACUUCAAAUCUGGCUUGAAGAGUUAAAAUGCCUCUUUCUUCGAACUUGUAACCCAUCACAGACAAUAUUCGAUUGA